AUGUCCACACAUCUUCGGCGACAUCACCCCGAUAUUGAUUGCAAUGAUUAUGGACAAUCAAAAUGUUCAAAACCUUUGAACAUUUCUGACGAUAAGAAACGCACAUCGUUACCAGGUCAACUUAGACUUAGUGAGGCUUUCAAGACCAAACUGUCGUCUCGUUCGACACGGGCGCAAGCAAUAACAAAUGGAAUUGCUACAUUCAUUGCGAUGGACAUGCGACCUUAUUCACUUGUAGAGAACAUAGGUUUCAAGUAUCUCAUCCACACACUUGAACCGAGAUAUGAAAUCCCAUCGAGAACCCACUACACGAAUUAUGUGAUACCUGAAAUGUACAAGAAAGUAAAAUCAAGUGUGAUGGAAAGUAUUGCUCGUGCAUCAUCAAUGGCUGUCACUACUGAUGGUUGGACCUCACGUUCCACCGAGAGCUAUAUUACCAUCACGGCUCACUAUGUUAACGAAGACUGGCAACUUGAAAAUCCGGUGCUUCAAACACGAACAUUACAAGAGAGCCACACUGGGGCAAACCUGGCUAAUGUCCUGGACUCAGCUGUUGACGAAUGGAACUUAGGCAAAUUUUCUCAGAUUGCCAUUAGCACAGACAAUGCUAGCAAUAUUGUUAGUGCUGUAAAGCAGUCGAGAUUUGCACCUCAUAUAAGGUGCUUUGCGCACACAAUUAACAUAGCAAGCCAAAAAGCCAUGCAGGUGCCGCAGAUGUCCAGAAUUUUGGGGAGAGUGAGAAGAAUAGUUUCAUUCUUUCACAGAAGCUCACAUGCUGCAUCUGUUCUCAGGUCAAAACAGUUACUUCUUGAACUGCCCGAUCACAAACUGAUCCAAGAUGUUUCUACGAGAUGGAAUUCUAGCUACGACAUGCUUCAGCGAUAUCUCGAGCAGCAAGCUGCAAUCUUUGCCACUCUCACAGUGAAGGAUAUCAGGAAAAAUGCAGACACCCUUGCUACUCUGUCAGAGGAAGAUGUCAGCGCAGUAGAAGAUGCGGUAAAUGUUCUUUGA